AUGGCCGCUUCCAUAUCAUUCCAACAGAAACUUUUUAUGAUGCAACAAGGUAUACUUAUUGAAACUUGAACCUCCUAUAUGUCUUCUUCAGUUCGUCCACCAACAAUGUUGUCCAACUUCCCAUUUGGGUUCAUGAAUGCCAAUGUUUUUUGGCAGCAGUACAUGCGGAACAUGUCAGUGGGAAUGACGCCGUUUACUGCUGAUUCUCCACCAGGUACCGUAAUACUGAGUUUUUUUUGUAUUGGUGUUCAUUUCAGUGUCCAACAGGUCACCGUCACCUUCAUCCGAAAUCAAGUCAUUCCACUGUUCAAAAUGUGCAAAAGUAUUUUCAACGUCUGCUGCGUUGGAGGUAGGUUGUAUGGCAAAUCUAGACCGACUAUCUUAUCAUGCUUGUGAUUCAGCAACACCAACAAGUACAUAACAGUGAAAAACAAUUUGAAUGUAAGCAGUGUGGGAAAACUUUCAAAAGGUAUCUACAAAAUCAUUUUCUGUCUCUCUACCCUCAAUUUUUUUUCCGGUCGUCCACUUUGUCCACACACCUACUUAUUCAUUCUGACACUCGACCGUACCCAUGCGAAUAUUGCGGGAAACGCUUUCAUCAGAAAUCUGACAUGAAGAAGCAUACCUACAUUCAUACAGGUAACCCCUUUUUUCUUUUUUGUUUCUUAUUUAUCCCGUUUUAUUAGAAAGCCGGGAUUAUGCUUGUUCAUCAAAAAUUCCGCACAGAGAGGAUUCUGGUUUAUUAUGAAUCGAAAAGUUGUCUUGUCAGAUGCGUGUGCCCCUCAUUUGAGCAAACUCUUCCAUCUCUAAGUAUGAUUGAUGAAUCAGUAUGAAAGCGGCGUGUCAUCGUAUCGCCUGGCCACCGUUCCGUAACAGAAAUCAAAAGUGAAUUACAAAUUAGUUUCGAGCUUCGAGCGUUGAGUUGCAAGGAGUGUAGGAUAGAGGAUUCUGGGGAUGAAAUUGAAAGCAAAUUAAAACCGCUUCAUGAGUCCUAGCGGUGACAGCUAGCCUGCGAUUGGAUUCUGCGCACUUGUCCAGAUUCUGGGUAGGGACUUUUUACUCGUUUUCACUCACUUUCAGAUUUUAACUUUUUGGUCUUGGUACAUGAUAUUCUCAACUCUAGAAUAAAGAAAAAAGUUUUAUAGCUCCAAAAUUGUAAUAUCAACGUUGUUUUCUUUAUUGCACUAGCAGAAAACAUUGUAAUGUUAUCCCACAAAAUUACUCGAUAUCAACAUUUUUAGGAGAAAAGCCUCAUAAGUGCACAGUUUGCGGGAAGGCCUUCAGUCAAUCAUCCAACUUGAUCACUCACACCAGGAAGCACACUGGUUUCAAAGUAAAACACCUGAAAAUUAACUAAUCUACUCUACACGUGUGUUACUUUCAGCCGUUUGCGUGUGAUGUUUGUGGUCGAACGUUCCAACGAAAGGUCGAUCGUCGUCGGCACCGAGAAAGUCAUCACCCGGGACACCCAGAAGAAUGCGGUUCGUUUCGUUUUUCACUUUCUCCCCCUCUCCUCAACAAAAUUUGGCCAAUCUAGUCUUUAUUGUAUUUCCCUGGUGUACCGUAGUCAUUACAGUAACAAUUGCAGUGUCUGCAUCUCAAAUUUCAUCAGAUCUCUCACCGAAAGGAGGAUACAUGACUCCUCCGACAAGCAACGGGUACCUCGAUUCGUCCGACGAAAUUCUCAACGCGUUCAGGUUUGUUCAAAUACAAACAAUCGAAAGUUGAAUGAACUUGAAAAAAAACACUCAGAUUACCGAUUGAUUUACUUGGUAUCCGGCAAGAAAUGUCGGAAGAGACGGAGGAUGAGGAAGAAAAGGUGUUGAACCUUAGCACAUCAUAA